AUGUACCGAGCGGCCCCACGGUUAAUUGCGCGUUCAGCGCUCCCACGAACCAUUGCGCCCACGCGGCGCUUCAUCAGCACAGCUCCCCCAACGCAAAAGUCAAGAAGCUGGAAGAGCCUGGUGGCGCGCUUCGGUAUCGCAGGCACAAUCAUAUACUACUACUACAACAACACGGAUGUUUUUGCUGAAGAACCACAACAUCCCGUCCAAGCCCUCCCCGAAACCGAGACGGAAUCCGAACACCUCCCCACCAUUGAAUCUAUAGCUGCCGAGCGCGAGAAGCGCAAGGCCGUGCAAGCUCAACUCGAUGCGCAGGCGCAGGCGCAGAAAGAAGCUCAAAGUACACAGCAAGAUGGCGGAGAGGGUGGCAUGCAAGGCCUCGAAGGCGAAGCCGACCAGCAAGGCGCCUUCAAUCCCGAGACAGGCGAGAUCAACUGGGACUGCCCGUGCCUGGGCGGCAUGGCGACAGGCCCGUGUGGCGAGCAGUUCAAGGCGGCGUUUAGCUGCUUUGUGUACUCGGAGGAAGAGCCCAAGGGCAUGGAUUGUAUUGACAAGUUCAAGGACAUGCAGAACUGCUUCCGCGAGUACCCGGAGGUAUAUGGCUCGGAACUCGAGGGCGAUGAAGAUGAAGGAGAGGAUCUUCCUGCUCCUGGACAACCGCAACCACAGCCUCAAUCCGAAUCCACACCCACAGCAGCGUACUCCGACUCCACGCCCGCGCCUUCUUCGAAACCCCGCGAAACCGGCGCCUCCGAAAAAGCCAAGCUCUCCGGCGAACCCGAUUCAAAACCCUCCUCCACCACCGCCGCCAAAUCCACUGUAUCCAGUGGAUCCGAUUCAAAACCCGCCGAGACGAAGAAUAAUCUAGGCCUCGUGCCGGAUAACUACAAGCCUGAUGCGAAGGAGGAGCCCGUGAGUGAGAGCGAGGAGCUGGUGCCUAAGGCGGCACAUGAUGGGAGGUAAAGCAGGAAACAGACAGGGAAGUGUAUUAUAGUAGACGGUUGCAUGUGCAUGGUUUGGAGUAUGUGGAAUGGGAGGCAUGCAAGCUGUAUAAUAUGUAUCAUGUAUCAUGUGGUGCUGAGAAGCCAUGUACAGUACAAUACGACAAGUGUUCCAGUGUUAGGAUGA